GCAGAAAGAUGCGGUGGAAACUCACCGCACGAGCUCGGUAACAGCCAUCUGGGAACAUAUGACCCCAUGCAUGCGACGCGCUCGCCUGUUUGGAUGGUGUGCAUUCGAAAGCAAUUUCAUUGACAAUUCUCUCGAUGUGGCCGAUCGUCCCGCGUCAUCGCGUCGGCUGAAACGCAACGGAAAAUCAAUUCCCCGACCCCGGAAGUAAGAUUAAAUUGAGAGAAAAGAACUGCGCGCAACAGCCUCGCCGUUAUUGCGCCACUCACUUAGCUUAUGUACGUUAUAUACGUUAGCAUUAGAAUUAGUAUUCGUCGGAAGGUACUAAGUGGCGCGUCCGAGGGAAGAAGCGGUCACUGACGAGCAGUGCGUUUCAAAAGCCGCAACGAUGAGCGACGAGCAGACGAGCGAGCAGAACCCGACCACGGAGUUGUCGUCGAGUGACAUAGAAAAGAUAGAAGAAGCAAAAUUAAGAGCAAAAUUUCCAAACGCAGCUGGCCGGCCAUUCGGUGGUCAUUCUGUAUUUCUGCAGAAAAGAUUAGCUAAAGGGCAAAAGUACUUUGAUUCUGGGGAUUAUCAAAUGGCAAAACAAAAAUCUACAGCCAAACCAAAGCCAGCUGGUGUUUUGCCAACAGGAGAUGCUAUACCAACACCAGAAACGGUACCACAGCGAAAAACAUCCAUCAUCCAACAAAAAUUUAAUACAUCGACUGCUUCAUAAGAUGUUCUGUCAUUCUUUUACAUUUUGUUAAUUAGUGUUUCAUUUAGAUGCCGGAAUAAUAUGGUACAAUCAUAUACAAUCAGAAGUUUGACUCUGUGUUUGGUUGUUUUUUUUUUUUUACAGAUGUGUAAAAGAUAUAGUAUCGUAAAAAUCUUGUAUUUUUAGCAAACCAAUUAUUUUCUAGCUCCUUACCAAGGAAAAUAUCUAAUAUUAUUAAAAAUAGUGAUUUCUAUGUAUGUGCCACAAUGUGAUGUCUGAGCUUUGCAAUUUAUUCUUGCUUGAAAAUUUAAUAAUUUUUAUAUACUAUUGCAUUCUCUUAUAAUCCAAUCAGACAUUCAUAUUUUAAACGUACAUCAAUAUCUUUUGAUUUGCAGAAAAUGAUGAGAAAAUCUAAGAAUUAUUAAUGUAUUCGGAUUGUAUUGUUAGCUAGCAAUAAAUACACAUCUUAGAUGCAUACAUGUAAAAAUUAAUAUUUGAGGCAUUAUUAAUUUUGGGAAAUUUUGGAAAGUGACUUUUAGUGAUAAGGAUAAUUAUCUAAUAACGCCGGAACGUUUCAUUUGAUUAAGUAUAAGCAUGAUAAUCUGAAUGUGUAAUUCGACAUAUAAGUUCAAUACAUAAGAUAAGAGAGAUUGAGCAUAAAGAAAUAUACAGAUCUGCAUUUCUCUCUCGAAAGCUGCUGUGAUGCGCUUAGUAAAACUAUUUUCUUAUGAAAAAAGUCAUGUUUACUGUACGAGAAUCUGUAGUAUGUAGGAUGAAUGAAUGAACAUAAUAAUUUAAAAUGUAA